AUGUACGAGUAUUGCCCACCCGACCACGACGACCUCGACGACGACGACGACGACGACAAACGAGCCUCACCAACCCGCGCUGGACAAUUCGACCGCAGGACCCCGGACCCGCCCUUCUCGAACGAUUCCUACCAGAAUGGUGGCAGCAGCGACCCCAGAACCCCAGAGAGCGGCCACAGGUUGAGGCCUACCGCCUCGGUCGGGAGCAACGCUGGCGGUUCCAGUAUCGGUCCCGCUGUCGGUCCUCCCAGUGCACCGCCUACCAACUACGACAGCGAUACCGCACGCGGAAGCAACGAGCGCGUCAGGUCGCGGAACAGGAACGGACGCACCCCCAGUGGCCAGAUGAGGCUCUGCAACAAGUGCGGUGAGCCUCUCACCGGCCAGUUUGUCAGGGCCCUCGACGGCACAUUUCACCUCGACUGCUUUAAAUGCCAGGAUUGCGGUGAAAUCGUCGCGUCAAAAUUCUUUCCCGUCGACGACGAAUCUGGUCAAGGCCAGUACCCCCUCUGCGAGACCGACUACUUUCGACGCCUCGGCCUGCUCUGCUACCAGUGCGGCGGUGCUCUGCGAGGCUCCUACAUAACGGCCCUUGACCGCAAGUACCAUAUCGAUCACUUCACCUGCUCCAGCUGCGAUACCGUCUUCGGUGCGCAGGACAGCUACUACGAGCACGACGGCAACGUAUACUGCCACUACCACUACUCGACACAGUUCGCACAGCGCUGCAACGGCUGCCAGAUUGCCAUCCUGAAGCAAUUUGUCGAGAUAUUCCGCAACGGCCAGAACCAGCACUGGCAUCCCGAGUGCUACAUGAUCCACAAGUUCUGGAACGUCCGCCUCGCACAGUCGUCCGAAGAUAACGCAUCUACCGCCAUCACCCCAGACGACCCCGUUGGCCGCGAUUACAUCCGCCAGGUCGAGGAGCGCAUGGAGGAGAAGGUCUUUCGCAUAUGGAGCGUCCUGUCCACAUUCGAGGAGUCGUCGGCUGCCUGCAUCUCCGACAUGCUCCUCCAUGUCAGCAACGGGGCGUAUCUCGAGGGCGUCAUGAUGGCCAAGCGCUUCAUAUGGCAUGUCAAGAUACUGUUCCAAUCUACCGACAAGCUGAACACCGCCAUGUUGGGGGUGAAUGAGAAGGGCUUGUCAUAUGGCCGGGAAGCCAAGCUGCUCUGCAAGAAGAUCGUCUCCUUCUUCUCUCUCCUGUCCAAGAGCCAGGACGCGGGCGCUCACAAGCUCGGCCUGACGCAGGAGCUCCUGUCGCUGGUCACCGGACUGGCACACUACCUGAAGCUCCUGAUCCGCAUCUGCCUCCAGGGCGCCCUGCGACUUGAGCGCGAGGCCAACGCGUCCGACGGUCUCUACCAGUUCCUCGACGACCUCAACGGCUUCGAAGCCUACAAGAGCGACGACAACGCCCUGCAGUCCAGCCAGGCUAGCACACGGCUCUCCGCCAAGAACUCGGACCAGUGCGUGUCCUGCAACCGGUCCAUCGAGGACGAGUGCGCCAAGAGCGGCGAGCUGCGGUGGCACCUGCCCUGCGUGAGGUGCACGCAGUGCAAGCGGGAGCUGGGCAGGUCUCUCGGAGAGGCCCUAUGCAACUCGUACGACGGCAGGAUCCACUGCACCGAGUGUGCCGGCGGUGUGAGGGACGGUCUCAUGCCCUGCGAGCACCUCUCCAAGCUGGGCCAAUACAUCUUCCUCCUCAAGGUGGCUCUGGCCCGCCUCCUCGACAUCUUCUGGAGCAACGGCACGCUGCCUCCGCCCGGGGACCAACUCCCCCCCGGCGCCGGGAUGCCGACGGGCGACGGCGAUGGAGAGUCCGGGGCCCCCAAGACACAUUCCGAAGCCUGGGCGAGAUCCCAGAGUGCCGCAGCCAGGGACCACCGGCGAGAGUCGUCGUACGAGAGCACUCUCAACGACGUCCGGAGACUGCGCAGCACACGGCUGGACCGCCACCUGUCGUCGAGCGUCAAGCAGGCCAGGACGUCGCGCGUCAUGGACAUGGACGGCCGAGGACCCCGCCCCGUGUCUGUCGGCGGCGAGGGUCGCGACACGCAAGACUCGACAGACCGCAUGUUUGGUCACAAUGAUGCCAUCACCCUCGAUGACAUCCCGAGGAUCGUGGCAGCCGAGCAGUCGCGGGAGCAGCAGAACGUGCGCAACAGCCGCGCACAGCCGCCGGGCGGCGACCCGACGGGCGCAGCCGACGAUGGCCGCCAGAGGAGCAUGUCUACGGGCAGGGACCAGGGCCUCCGCUCGGCCGAUCAGAUGCCUACCAGCAUCAACCGCAAGUUCUUCUCGGAGCUGUCAGCCCUCGAGUACUUCAACGUGCGACACCUGGCGGUGCUCACGAUGCAGCCCAUGAUCAUCCGCGAGUUCACGACGGACGAGCUUCUGGGCUUCAUCGAGUCUAAGAAGCAGGUCACGUUCUGGAAGAACCUGGGCAAGGCGUUCAAGAACGACAAGAACAAGGUCAACAAGAAGAAGGCCGUCUUCACCAUACCACUCGAGACCAUCAUCGAGCGCGACGGCGCCGACUCGACCGACGGCGUGGGUCCGGGAACGCUCCGCAUCCCCGCCGUGGUGGACGACAUCAUCUCGUCGAUGCGCAAGAUGGACCUGUCGGUGGAGGGUGUGUUCCGCAAGAACGGAAACAUCAAGAAGCAGCAGGAGCUGGUCGACCGCAUCAACACGGAAGGCUGCGACACGGUCAACUUCAUGGAGCAGCCCGUGGUGCAGCUGGCGGCGCUGCUGAAGCGCUACCUGCGUGACCUCCCGGACCCCCUCAUGACGCACAAGCUCUUCAAGCUGUGGGUCAGCGCCGCCAAGAUCCCCGACCUGGACAAGAGGAAGCACUGCCUCCACCUGACGUGCUGCCUGCUGCCCAGGAGCCAUCGCGACUGCAUGGAGGUCCUCUUCUCCUUCCUCAAGUGGGCCGGCUCAUUCCACCAGCUCGAUGACGAGCUGGGGUCCAAGAUGGACAUCCGGAACCUGGCCACCGUCAUCGCGCCCAACAUCCUGACCAACCCGGCCAAGGCGUCUGUGCUCGACAGCGAGGCCAUCUACGUGAUCGACGCCGUCGAAGUGCUCAUCAACAACAUCGAGGAGAUGUGCCAGGUCCCCGACGACAUCCUCGCGCUGCUCAACGACCCAUACAUCUUCAGCAGCAGUGGCGACAACACGACCAAGGACAUCAUGAAGCGCUUCCAGGAGCGACGUGGGCACAUCGACAUCACGGACGUCUCCGAGGCCUACAACAGGCAGGAUAGCUCGACGCGACCACCGCCGAGACGGGUCGACACAGACCCGGCAGUGUGGCAGGCGGAAUCGUCGGUGCGGCACGUCCAGGAGUCGUCGUUUGUGCCGUCCGCGAGCGGCCAGCCGCCGCCUCCGAGAGAGGCAACAGGGACACCCCCUCAGCAGCAGCAGCAGCAGCGGUGGCGCGGCCCCAGCGAGCCCGGCCCCCUGCCUCCGGGCGCGACGCAGUACAACCACUCGGACGGCAAUAUCUCCGCAGCUACACCGGAUCAGCAGUCGCAGCAGUCUCAGCAGGGACAGCAGCAGAGACGUGACUGGCGAAAUUCCGGAUGGGGACGUCAAGGAAGUGGUCUGGGUGUGGGCGGAAGUUCAUAA